AUGAUUCCCGGGGAAAAUAUGCGACACAUUCACGAGACGAAAAAUCCUCUAAUUUUUACCAAAGGACUUCCUACAAACAAGGAACAAAAAGAAAACGCUCUCAAGAAAGUUAUAUGGCAAAAGGACUUUUCCUAUAAACAACCAGUUCCAUAUGAAGUGACAAAAAAUGAAAAACAUCGAGGCGAAAAAAGAAAACGUGAUGAGGAUGGCAGUCCAUACGAUACACAUCGCACAAAAGUUACCAAUUUCCUCAACGGUUCCCCCUGUAAAUCCCAAUUGGAUGAGUCCUCUGAUGAUGCUGAGAGUCAAAAUAACGCUGACUAUUUGAAAAAAGAAAUUGAGAUUUUCGAAAAAAGGCAACCACACAUUGCGAAAUCUUUCCAUGAAGUACAGGACUGUGAUGAAUUUGCUAUUUACUACGAUGGGGCCGCUAUUGAAUGGGGUAUUUAUGAACUUCUUAAGGGGAUUGAACCAUUGUAA